GGGGUCUGUCUAUUCCCGAUUAAUGAGGCUGGUGGUUUGCUAAGUGGCUUCAGAGGUUCCCACUUACCGCUCUCUGCAGGACAGUUCAGCAGCACACGAAUGCAUGUCAAAUCUGUCUUGUACUGACAUUGCUGCUUUAUUCUGGUCCUUGGAAGUCCAUGAGGUUUAGUUAGGCAAAUUGAUCGGCUAAAUCCCAUUGUAUCGGGCAUUAAAAUUUCAUCCUAAUAAAGAAAUACAACAUUUUGCAAACGCUCGCUUCUCAUAACGCCAGGCAAAUUUGUCGCAAUCGUGCUGAAAAUCCAGAGAAAAACAUUAGUCACCUCCGGGUCUUUGACUGUUCAGAAGGGAAGAGAAAGUGGGGAUGUCGGUAUAUCAACACAAGGUGCUACCUCUCCUAAUAACCUUUAGUCAGAUUUUGGCUUUAGCCCUCUGCCAGGUAAGGGAGUCUGCCUUGGGGGCUCCUACUAUGGAUUCGCAUCAGAACGUGUCGUCCAAGCCUCUAUUUUUGGUUCCCAACCAGCCGAUAGGAAGGUCGGUGGGCAGAUCGAUAUCCUUGUCUCCACCUAUGUGCAGUGCACAAACUGAAAUCAAAAGCACGUUCAAAUAUAUCAACACAGUCAUUUCCUGCCUGGUGUUUGUUGUCGGCAUUAUUGGCAACUCGACUUUGUUGAAAAUUAUUUACAAAAAUAAAUGCAUGAGAAAUGGACCAAAUAUUCUGAUAGCCAGCCUGGCGCUUGGAGACCUGUUGCACAUAUUCAUAGACAUUCCCAUUAAUGUUUACAAGCUUUUAGCUGAAGAUUGGCCUUUUGGAGUAGAGAUGUGUAAAUUAGUGCCCUUCAUUCAAAAGGCGUCUGUGGGGAUCACGGUGCUGAGUCUCUGUGCACUAAGCAUUGACAGGUAUAGAGCAGUUGCAUCUUGGAGUCGCAUUAAAGGAAUUGGAGUUCCUACAUGGACUACAGUGGAAAUUUUGCUGAUCUGGACAGCAUCAGUUGUUCUUGCUGUGCCUGAAGCAAUUGGUUUUGACAUGAUCUCCAUAGAUUAUAAAGGAAAACCCUUACGAAUAUGCUUUCUUCUCCCUGAUCAGAAAACUCAGUUUAUGAAAUUCUACAAGAACGCUAAAGAUUGGUGGCUGUUCAGCUUUUAUUUUUGUUUACCUCUGGCAUGCACUGCUGUUUUCUACACACUGAUGACCUGUGAGAUGCUAAGGAAGAAAAAUGGGAUGAAGAUUGCAUUAAACGAUCAUCUGAAGCAGAGGCGUGAAGUAGCAAAAACAGUGUUCUGCUUAGUUCUUGUUUUUGCCCUCUGCUGGUUACCACUUCAUCUCAGCCGGAUUUUAAAGCACACAGUAUAUGAUGAAAAAGACCCCAAUAGAUGUGAACUACUUAGCUUCUUUCUAGUGAUGGACUAUAUUGGAAUAAAUAUGGCUUCUUUGAACUCUUGCAUCAAUCCUAUUGCCUUGUACCUGGUUAGCAAGAGGUUCAAAAAUUGUUUUAAGUCAUGCCUUUGCUGCUGGUGCCAAUCAAAAGAGUUGUUACCUCUGGAGGACAAGCAAUCCUGUCUGAAGUUUAAAGCUAAUUACCCUGGAUAUGACAACUUUCGCUAUAGUAAUAAGUACAGUACAUCUUGAAGAUGAAGAUGCCAUGCUCACUCAUGCAGAUGACUUCUAAUUUGCUGUGAAUAUAACCUUGGAUUUCACAGGCAUGCUCCCCCCAAAAAUGUAGUAAUGACUGUGUGAUAUUAUUAGCAUUUAGCACAACACAUAUGCCUCUUAUUGCAAACAAAUGAGCACAGAUCAGGCCAGGAGACACCGUAACUAUUUAAAGGCACUUAACAUUUUAUGGUCGUUGCACAUACAGGUCCUUGUCUGUCUGAAAUGAUCCUUUGUGUUCUGCAAAUGGAUUCUCAGGACUGCAAAUCGUAUGACUGAUCAUUUAUUUACAAUGGCUCUGUAGUCUAUACUGAGCUAAUUUAUGGACACAUUAAUGAUCUGAACUACACGUAGAACUGAAUGGUUAAAGUGACACAGAAUAUAAGCUUAAACUCUUAACAGCCUGAGCUCGUCCUGGCAAAACAUUAUAGUGGAAGAUCAUGUCUUGGAAUUAGAAUAUCAGCUGUGAUAUAAGCUGUUUCAUACUUAUUAAAAUCUUCUAUAUUGUUAAGAAAAUUCCAGUUUUCUAUAAAACUGUAUUUUUUGCGGUUACUAUGUAUUAGAUUUAAAUCUGUUAUAUAAAAUUAUUAACCUUAUGCUGUUGUCAUUUCAGCAAUCAGUUUUGAACAGCAGUGUGUGAAUGGAACAAAUUAUAUAAACAUGGAUACUGCAAGUAGUUUUGACUCUUUUCUUUCCACUUCACUCUGGUUGAAUUCUGUAUAUGGCAAAUCAUUAUAUUUUGAUAUCAAUAUAAUGAGAUUAGAUUUGCCAUGGUGAUGUAUGUAGAAACACUUAUUAAAUUUCUAGAUAUGGCAAGCACUUCAUAAAUAUAAAUGAACAAAUAAUGAUGCAAUCGUAUUAUGAUGCUUUACAAACUGGAGUCAUAUCUAAUUUUCAUAUAGUAAAUGAUCAAAUAAUAAAAUAUGCUAUGUAGCACUCAUGAUACUAUGUUUGAGCAUUGUGUGAAAUUUCAAAACAUUUUAACUGUCCCUUCACAAGCUUACAGUACCAAACAUUUUACUUCCAGAAUUUCAUGUCACAUCUCUCACUUUUGGUUGCUGUAGUUGGUAUGUAUAUAUAUAUAUAUAUAUAUAUAUAUAUAUAUAUAUAUAUAUGGUGAAAAUCCAUGCAAGGUAGAUUCCAGUGCUUAAUAUAUUUCACAUUUUAUCUCUGAUUCUUUUUGGCAUCACCAUUUAUGUCUGGGUUGAUUCCAAUCUCCCUUAAAGACAUUACAAUGCAGCCAGUGUGACUAAAAAUGAAUUUAAACUACUAAGUCUGUAAAUAAAUUUGGCAAAAUGUUACUUAUGCAGAUACUGUUUAAUAAUCAAUGGAAUUCCUUUCAACUUCUUUUCAGAACUGUAGGGUCCAGAAGUAUGUCUGCAUCAUGCUGCUCUUUCCCUGGGGCAAUUCACAAGUGUUUAUAAGAAAUGACUACGUUGUAAUACAGCUAUUGUCAGUCAUAAUAAUUUGCAGCUGGUACACAGUCUGUUUAGGAUGAAAUCAUAAUAACUAAUGCACAAUUCUGUUGCUAGAAACUGUCAUCGAGUUUACAUGUCAGCCUUCCCUCAGUUAUUAAAUUAUAUGAAGUAUUUUAAUUCACAGCAUUAGUUAGCUCUGACCAAAGUAACUAUUCUAAAUGCAUUUUUUUAAAUAAUAACCUCCAGAUAUUCCUUUCCUCUCUCUCUCUCUCUCUCUCUCUCUCUCUCUCUCUCUCCCUCUGAAGAAAUGGAACCAGCUGAUCUGGCUAGGUUUGGCAGAGUGCUGCUGUAUGAACAGUGUUAACGAGAAAGUCAAAUUGGCAGCUACAUUUUUAUACAAAGAAUAUGUUUUUUAAAAUGUAUUCAGAAAUUCAGUCAUUCUAUAGAUAAAAUUAAUUUGAUUAAGCAUUUUGCAGUGGAUUAAUGUUUAAAUCUUACCAUAAUCUUUUUUACUCUGUCUUGAUGUGUUAACUCUUAUCUCGCUCUUUUUCUCUGAGUUGAUUUUUUAAAUAGUUGCUCCAUGAAAUCAGAUAUGAACUCAUACCUUCAGUUAUAAGUGAUUUUCAAGUGGAAUAUUUAUGUAACAUAAAUAUUUGACCUAUCUUGAUAUAAUUAAUUGUACAUGGCUACAUCAUUAUCAAUGUGCCUUUUGCUUCUAGGAAAUGCAAAUGAACUAGAUAGUGUAUUACUUUUUGAGCCAAACACCUGCCUUACAUUUCAAGAGAGAAUUUCUCUGUUGAGCCAGUGAUUUAGGUGUGCUUUUCUUAAACAUGAAAACAAUAGGUGGACAUAUUAAAAUGGAUAAUAUUUUAUAUGGCAUUCAUUUACAGUCAACAGAACAGGUGAAAAUUAAUUAUUAUAAGAUACAUGUGUUAGUGUUUAUUUUAAAAUUUUGAAUAUUACCAAAAUUGCUUUACAAUUAUUUUAUUUAUAACCUUAUAUCACUAUAUGCCGCACAAAAGCAGAACACUCCCAUCCAUGUAUUGUAUAUAUAUUUUUAUACAGCAAUGUGUUAUUGUAAAUAUUUCUUCUGUUGAGUCAUUGCAUUAAAAUCAUUUAUAAAUGUGAAUCCUGUUGUAAGGUAUAAGUCUACACUUUUUUGUUUAACAUAUCAAUAAAUAUAAAAAAGUUUC